AUACUUUGCCGAUUAGAAGUGAAUGCACAUGUAUACUUGCGAAACUGGUUAUCUCCACCACAGCCGGUUGUAAUCGAACCGCUGUCAUCUUGCUUUACUAAUAUAUCGAAGAAUAGUCCGUAUUAUCAAGGCAAUCAGAGAUUUACAGGCAACUUUGUACCUGGUCUACCCGUUUGGGAGGCACACACCUGUUACGAUUUUGCAGCUCUUUUCAAAACACCAAGAUACCCCUCUUCUGAUAGAAAACAAUCAUUUCAUACUUAUUGGUCUUCAAAUACUAGUUCUGGUAAUUUCGAUGAAAAGCAGCUUGCCACUUUACGAUCAUUUACAGCUACACAGAAUGUAAAUCAUACCUUAACCGUUUGGAUACAGCCGGAGGACGAAAAGCUACUAGUACAAUCAGAAAACUGGAAUUAUAUACAACGACUGCAAAAUUUUGAUCGAAUUAGUUAUAGAGUGGUUGAUCCAGUCGCAUUAACGAAAAAUACCCCCAUCGAAAUUUUCAAGGACGCUUGGAGAACGUUAGUGGACGAUGAAAAUGAUGGUACAGGAAGAGACGAUUUACUCAGAAUGUUGGUACUUUACCAGUAUGGUGGUGUUUGGUUUGAUCUGGAUACCAUGUUCAUAAGAGAUUUAUCACCAUUAUUUGAGCACGAAUGGAUUGCUCAAGGAAGCUGCUCGACUGGAAUGUUUGGUAAUCCUUUUACAGGUGCUUUGUUCCAUUUCUAUCAAAAAUCUCCCUAUGUAUGUGAAAUUUUGGAAGGUGCUGCUGAUCUGUUUAGAGCGAGGGUUGAGGCUGAUAGCGGCACAUCUUCAAAAACUCAACCAUCACCACCUAAACGACAUCUUAUUAAGGGCCCAGAAAUUUUCGGUUCCAAGCUGUAUUAUAGAAUUUAUAGAAGAAUUCUACAUAAUGGAAUUAAGCCCUGGUCGAUUCUGCCAUGGUGUUUCACUGAUCCAUCCCAAUGUCGAAGAAUAAACUCCCUUCCAAGUCUAUUCAAAAAUACUCAAUUCGAGAAG